UGAGGCUGCCCCAGCAUGGAUGACUACGUAGUCCUGAGAGUGAUCGGGGAGGGCUCCUUUGGCAGAGCUCUUUUGGUUCAGCAGGAAAGCAGUAAUCGGAUGUUUGCCAUGAAAGAAAUAAGGCUUCCUAAGUCUUUCUCUGAUACACAGAAUUCUAGGAAGGAGGCUGUUCUGUUAGCCAAAAUGAAACACCCCAAUAUUGUUGCCUUUAAAGAAUCAUUUGAAGCUGAAGGACAUUUGUAUAUUGUGAUGGAAUAUUGUGAUGGAGGAGAUCUGAUGCAAAAGAUUAAACAGCAAAAAGGAAAGUUAUUUCCUGAAGAUAUGAUAUUUAAUUGGUUUACACAAAUGUGCCUUGGAGUAAAUCACAUUCACAAGAAACGUGUGCUACACAGAGAUAUCAAGUCCAAGAAUAUCUUCCUCACCCAAAAUGGAAAAGUAAAAUUGGGAGACUUUGGAUCUGCCCGUCUUCUCUCCAAUCCGAUGGCAUUUGCUUGUACCUAUGUGGGAACACCUUAUUAUGUGCCUCCAGAAAUUUGGGAAAACCUGCCUUAUAACAAUAAAAGUGACAUCUGGUCCUUGGGAUGCAUUCUGUAUGAACUCUGUACCCUCAGGCAUCCAUUUCAGGCAAAUAGUUGGAAAAAUCUUAUCCUGAAAAUAUGUCAAGGGUCCGUCAGUCCACUGCCGUCGCACUACUCCUACGAGCUUCAGUGUCUAGUGAAGCAGAUGUUUAAACGGAACCCUUCACACCGCCCCUCGGCUACCACGCUGCUCUCCGGACGCAGCGUGGCUCGGCGCGUCCAGAAGUGCUUACCCCCUGAGAUCAUCACAGAAUAUGGUGAACAGAUAUUAGAAGAAACCAAAAAAACUAAGCAUAAUAUACCAAGCAAAAAGGCAGACCCCAGCAGAAUCAGGAUAGCUUUGGGAAAUGAAGCAAGCUUGGUGCAAGAGGAAGAACAAGGUGGAAAGUGUAGCCAUACUGAUUUAGAAAGCAUUAAUAGAAAUGUGGCUGAAAGUACACUGAGGAGAGUAAACAGAGAAGAAAAAGGUAAUGAAUCAGUCCAUCUGAGGAAAGCCAGUUCACCAAGCCCUCAGAGGCGACAAUGGGAGAAAGAUGCACCCAGUACAGCUCUUACAGCUUUGGAAAACUUAUCCAUACUUACCUCCAGUUUCCCCGCAGAGGACGAUAGAGGUGGUUCUGUAAUAAAGUACAAUGAAAAUAACACUCGUAAGCAGUGGCUCAAAGAGACCCCGGACACCUUGUUGAACAUCCUUAAGAACGCUGAUCUCAGCUUGGCAUUUCAAACAUACACAAUAUAUAGACCAGGUUCAGAAGACUUCUUGAAAGGCCCCUUGUCUGAAGGAACAGAAGCAUCAGACAGUGUCGAUGGAGGCCACGACUCUGUCAUGUUGGAUCCAGAGCGACUCCAGCCUGAGCUGGAGGAGGAGGACACGGACUUUGAGGAAGAUGACGACAGCCCCGACUGGGUGUCAGAGCUGAAGAAGCGAGCUGGACUGCAAGGUGCAUCUGAUGGAUAGUGCCCAAGGGGGUGUUCCAAGUCACACAGGAGAUGCUGCAAAUGAGGAAUUCAUGUUGGAAUAAUAAUUAGUUCACAGGAUAUAUAUUUAUUUUCCUUUGGAACUAGAAUGAAGAAGGGGGAAUUGCUAAUAUUGAAAAUUGUUCCUGAUUAGUAUCAUGGAGUGUGAAAAAAUCUAGAACUCCUGUGAGUUUUUAAACUCACGGGAGAAGUUAUCACAUAAUGGAAUGAGCUUUGGGCUUUGCGGUAUAGUAGAGCAGAAAUUGGAUGCUAGAUCUGCUACCAACUAGUCGUGUGAUUGUCAGAAAUUACUUUAACCUCUUUGAGCCCCAAUCUCCUCAUCCAUAAAAUGAGGAUAAUGAUGCCUACCUCAGGGAUGCUGACCGUAGACCAUUACAGCAGCCCUUAUGUUAUUAUUGCAGUUAUGAUUUGGGUUUAUUACUGUGUAACUCUUUUUACAUUUCCUAAAGGGUUAAGGAUGUAAAUAUAUUUAAUUAUAACA